AUGCUGCUAAUUAGCUCUAUAAUUAUUCCCCUCCAUUCCCCACCCACUAUUCUCCUUCAAUGGAACAAAGUUUUUCCUAACUCAACAAACCCCGUAAUUGCUCCCUGGAGAAGCGGCAGGAAACCAACAUCGACCCUUCAAAACUUGAUCAAGGUCUCAUGUUCCGAAAAUGAUCGGAAGGUGGACGUUCCGUCGACAUCACAAUCACAGGAUGUAGGGGAGGUUAUCAAAAGUUUCUACGCAGGAAUUAAUACCCAUGAUCUCGCAUCCUUAGAGCUCUUAGUUGCUGAGAAUUGCGUGUAUGAAGACCUUAUAAUGUUUUCUCGUCCGAUCGUCGGUCGCAAGGCAUUGCUAGAAGGCUACAAAAGUUUCAUAGAUGCCAUGAGCAUGGACCUGCAACACGUUAUUGAUGAUAUGACGUCGUCUACUAACCUGGAUUCAUCCACUGUUGGAGUUGCAUGGCAUUUUGAAUGGAAGGGAAAGGCUUUACCUUAUAGCAAAGGUUGCAGUUUUUAUCAGCUAGAGAUUGUAGAUGGCAAAAGGCAAAUAGUUUAUGGACGAGACGCUGCUGAAUCGUUAAUCAAGCUUGGCAAGGCUGGUUUGGUAGUCAUCAAGAGCACAACGUGGCUACUGCAACAGUUUCCUCAGUUAGAAGAUCAACUAUGA